AUGUACUCAUUUCCACGUUUACCAUGUUUACCAAGCUUUAGAGGUACAUCGGAUGGACCUUCACAAAUUUCAACAUCCGACGGUCAACCUUGGAUGUCAACACAAUACUUCAAGUUCAAGUUGAUUACAGAUGAUAGUAUUGAUGUAGUAGCAAAUAUGUUUUUACAAGAUAUGACACCAGAAGGUCAACAAUCAAUUAAAUACGAUUUUAUGUUAGCUGCUACCCGAAGCUUACCAUAUGGACGUGUAGGAGAUAAAGAGAUAAUCAUAGUGAUGAAGAUUGACCGUGUGGACACUACACGAUACAGGCGUACAUUUAACAAACUUGUUGAUCAUCGGCAUAUUCAAGUAACUCAUUUAUUAAGUGGUUAG